AUGGCUCGUUUGAUGUGGUUUGCAGUGCAUGAUCAAUUAGAAGAUUUGGAAGAAGGCCGGGAAGUAUCUUCACUCGUACCAUCUCUGCAACCGAUGAAAACGAGCUUCCCUCAAGGCAACAGAAACUGUUACAAUGUGCAGCCUCCGCAGGGAAAAGGCUUCGAGUAUUUGAUCAUAACCCGUUUUGUUAAUGAGGUUGAACCUAUCACCAUAUAA